CACUGGGCCAUCUCUCCAUCCCCUUUUUUAUAUUUCUUAAUAAGUAUUUCUCCUGCAAGGCUAUAUCCUAGACAAAAUGUUUAGAAAUGACAGCUGUGAACCUCAUUGUUCAGUUUUUGUUUUCUAAAAUGAGUUGAUGAUUAGAACUUUUGUGUCAUGGAAUAACUGUGGGGAGCCCUAGAAUUAUAUGAAUAUACUGCCAAAGAAGUAUACAUCAGCAUGCUGUCAGUAUCACACUCUCUGUUGUACACAUGUAUGGGAUAUUUUAGACUGCAGUGACCUAUGAUGAUGUGCAUAUUGACUUCACUUGGGAGGAGUGGACUUUGAUGGAUCCUUCCCAGAAGAAUCUCUACAAAGAUGUAAUGUGGGAGACCUACAGAAACCUCACUGCUGUAGGCUACAGUUGGGAAGACCAUGAUAUUGAAGAAUAUUGUCAAAGUUCUGGAAGACUUAGAAGGUACAAAGAACAUCAUAUUGGGGAGAAAACCUCUGAAUAUACUCAAUGUGCAAAAGCAUUUUUAUACUACAGUCAUCUUCAGAAUAAUGAAAGUAUUCAUACUGGAGAGAAACUCUAUGGUUGUAUUCAAUAUGAUGAAGCCUUUUCACACAACAGUAGUCUCCAAAAACAUAAAGAAACACAUAUUGGAAAGAAAAUCUGUGAGAGUAAUCAGUGUGAUAAAGCCUUCACAAGUCAUGGUCAUCUUCAAAUGCACAAAAGAACACAUACUGGAGAGAAACCCUAUGAAUGUAAUCAAUGUGGUAAAGCCUUUGCAUGUACCAGUAGACUCCAAAGACAUGCAAGAACACAUACUGGAGAGAAACCCUAUGAAUGUAAUCAAUGUGGUAAAGCCUUUGCAUGUACCAGUAGUCUCCAAAGACAUGAAAGAACACAUACUGGAGAGAAACCCUACAAAUGUAAUCAAUGUGAUAAAGCCUUUUCACAACACAAUACUCUCCAAAUACACAAAAGAACACAUUCUGGAGAGAAACCCUAUAAAUGUAAUCAAUGUGAUAAAGCCUUUUCAGGAAACAGUAAUCUUCACAUGCAUAAAAGAACACAUUCUGGAGAGAAACCCUACAAAUGUAAUCAAUGUGAUAAAGCCUUUGCAUGUGCCAAUAGUCUCCAAAGACAUGAAAAUAUACAUUCUAUAGAUAAACCCUACAAAUGUAAUCAAUGUCAUAAAGACUUUGCCUGUGCUACUAGUCUCCAAAUACAUGAAAGAACACAUUCUGGAGAGAAACCCUAUAAAUGUGAUCAAUGUGAUAAAGCCUUUUUACGACACAGUCUUCUCCAAAUACAUAAAAGAACACAUACUGGAGAGAAACCCUACAAAUGUCAUCAAUGUGAUAAAGCCUUUUCACAACACAGUUAUCUGCAAAUACAUGAAAGUACACAUACUGGAGAGAAACCCUACAAAUGUAAUCAAUGUAAUAAAGACUUUUCACGACACAGUCUUCUCCAAAUACAUGAAAGAAUGCAUUCUGGAGAGAAACCCUACAAAUGUAAUGAAUGUGAUAAAGCUUUUGCAUGUGCCAGUAGUCUCCAAAUGCAUGAAAGAACACAUACUGGAGAGAAACCCUACAAAUGUAAUCAAUGUGAUAAAGGCUUUUUACGACACAGUCAUCUCCAAAUACAUGAAAGAAUACAUUCUGGAGAGAAACCCUACAAAUGUAAUCAAUGUGAUCAAGCUUUUGCAUGUUCCAGUAGUCUCCGAAAACAUGAAAGAACACAUUCUGGAGAGAAACCUCACAAAUGCAAUCAAUGUGAUAAAGCCUUUUCACAACAUAGUCAUCUCCAAAGACAUGAAAGAACACAUACUGGGGAGAAACCCUACAAAUGUAAUCAAUGUCAUAAAAACUUUUCACGACACAGUCUUCUCCAAAUGCAUGAAAGAACACAUUCUGGAGAGAAACCCUACAAAUGUAAUCAAUGUGAUAAAGGCUUUGCAUGUGUUGGUAGUUUCCAAAUACAUGAAAGAAAACAUACUGGAGAGAAACCCUACAAAUGUAAUCAAUGUGAUAAAGGCUUUUUACAACACUGUCAUCUCCAAAUACAUGAAAGAACACAUUCUGGAGAGAAACCCCAUGAAUGUAAUCAAUGUGGUAAAGGCUUUGCAUGUUCCAGUAGUCUCCGACGACAUGAAAGAACACAUACUGGAGAAAAACCCUACAAAUGUAAUCAAUGUGAUAAAGCCUUUUCACGACACAGUUAUCUCCAAAGACAUGAAAGAACACAUUACUGGAGAGACAUCCUACAAAUGUAGUCAAUGUAAUAAAGGCUUUUCACAACACAGUAACCUUUAAAUUCAUGAAAGAACACAUUCUAGAGAGAAUACCCAUGAAUGUAAUCAAUAUGGUAAAGCCUUUGCAUGUACUAAUAGUUUCUGAAGACAUGAAAGAACACAUACUGGAGAGAAACCCUACAAAUAUAAUCAAUGUAAUAAAUGCUUUUCACAACACUGUCAUCUCCAAAUACAUAAAAGAACAUAAUCUGGAGAGAAACCCCAUGAAUGUAGUCAAUGUGAUAAAGCCUUUGCAUGUGCUUAUAAUCUCUGCACACAUAAAGGAAUUCAUACUGUAGAGGAACCUUACAAAUGCAAUCAAUGUAAUAAAGCCUUUCCAUGACACAUAUCCAAAUACAAAAGGAAUGCAUUCUGCACAGAAACUAUGAAUUAAAUGAUUGUGGUAAACCUUUGUCUGUCUCAACAAUCUCAGAAUACAUAAAGGAAUACAUACUGGAGAUAAACCUAAGACUAAUCAGUGUGGUAAAGCCUUUGCAAUUCAAGGUCAUCUUCAAAUACAUAAAAGAACAUAUAUUGGAGAGAAACCCUAUGAAUCUAAUCAAUGAGAUAAAGCCUUUUCAAAACAAUCACCUCCAAAUCCAUAAAAGAACACGAGAGAGAAACUGUAUGGAUGUUUCAAUGAGGUAAAACCUUGGAUGUGCCAGUAGUCUCUGAAUACAUAAAGGAACUCAUGCUAGUGAGAAGCCCUUCAAAUAUAAUCAAUAUGAUAAAGCCUUUUCAUGACACAAUCCUUUCUAAAUACAUGAAAGAAUAAAUUCUAAAGAGAAACCCAGUGAGUGAAAUUAAUGUGGUUAAGCCUUUACAUGUGCCAAUAGUCUCCAGAUAUAUAAAAGAACAUAUAUUGGAGUGUAAUCCUGUGAAUGUAAUCCAAGCCUUUUCACAACAGACCAGUCAAGUGCAUGAAAGAACACAUACUGGAGAGAAAACCUAUGAAUGUAAUCAAUGUGGUAAAGCCUUUGCAUGUGCAGGUAGUCUCUGAAGGCAUAAAGAAACACAUACUGGAGAGAGAACCUACAAAUGUAAUCAAUAUGGUAAAGCCUUUGCAUGAAUCAGCAGUCUUUGAAAUCACGAGAAAAAAAUCACACUGCAGAGAAACCCUAUAAAUGUACUGAAUGUGGUAAAGUUUUGUAGUUUAUGUUAGUCUUUAUACAAAAGUAAAACUUAAUGUGUAAUUUGUCUGUUAAAGCCUUUUCAUUUUACAGUAGUCUUUGAGGGCCUAAAAAACUAAUAUUGAGGGAAAUCUGGCACAUAAAGGGUUUGGUAAGAUCUUUACCCAACAGACUUACAUUCAGUUACACAAGAUUACUCUGGAGAAAAUAUUUGACAAGUGUCACCAAUCUGUUCAAGCAUUAUGAUGUCCCUCUUUAUUUUAUUUGCACCUUCAAACUCAUAUGCACAAAAGACCUAUGAAUUUAAAUGAUGAGGUAGCACUUUUCUGUUCUACAGAAAAUUCAAGUCAAUUACAUAAAAUUAAGGCAUCCAGGUAUAAAACUUGAUGUGUAUUAGUUGCUUUUCUGUUGCUGUGAUAAAACAUUAUGUCUAUGUCAACUUGUGGAAUAGUUGGCCCUUGGACCCAGAAAGAUACAGGAUCACCAUGAAAGUGGCAUGGCAAUAAGUGUCAAACAUGGCAGCUGAAGCAGGAAGCUAAGAACUCACAUCAUCCACCUGUGGCAUGAAGGUGAAAGUGGGGACUGGAAAUGGUGUGUGGAUGUGAACUCAUGCUUACCCCCAGGGACUUACUUCUUCCAGCAGGACAAGCAUUACCUAAAGCUCCCCAA